UCCGAACGUGAAACGUCGCAAAGGUCCGUUGGUUGAGGCCUUGCGAGUACCUACGCCUCGACAUGUGUUACAGCACAUCGAGGCGCACGCCGGCGGUGGUGAAUGGCCUCAUUAGUCUGCUGUGGGAGCCGUUGCUGCUGGCGGCGGCGGCGGCCGGCGUGGAUGGGCCGGCGCAACGCCUCGGCAUCCCGGUGACUAGCCGCGGUGGCGGGGGCGGCGCCGCAGCGGCGGUGGUGUGCAUCCAGUUCGAUGCCACCUUCCCGUGCGAGCUGGAGUCUAAGCUGUCGGAGCUGCUGGACGAGGGCGGCGGCGUGGUGGCUCCCGCCGCCGGUGAUGUCCCCAGCCUUCGCUGGGAGGCUGAGGCGCAGUACUCGGAGGCGGGGCCCCCCAAGGGCAAGCGGUGGCUGCGCGUGAGCGGCCUGCCCCACGGACUGCCCGAGGGGCUGCAGCGGGACCUCGUGCAGCACCUCUUGAGUACCCCAGUAGAGGAGAUUACGCGGGACGUGUUCUCGUACCAGUUCUCGCAGCCCGUGCUGCAGAGUGGGCAAGUGCUGGUGAAGGUGGGCGACACCGCGCGCCUGCCAUCGGCCGACGACGCUUUCGCGGUGGGACUGGGCAGGUGGGGGCGCCAGGUGAUCUUCCAGCGGGAGGACAUCGGUCGGUACCUCGCGCAGGCGGCCCGGGGGGCCCAGGUGCGCCGGGUACGCCACCCGCCGCCUGCCCCGGCUGCCGCCCGAGCGGCGGCCGCGGCGGCUCCGGAUGCGGCGGCCACGGCGGCCGCGACUGCGGCUGCGGCUGCGGCUGCGUCCGUGAUGGCGACCGCGGCGGCGGAGGCCGCGGCUGCGGCGGUCGCCGCGGCGGUUGCCGCGGGCGCGGACGCCGCCGCUGUGGAGGUGCUGAAGGCGGCGGCGGCUGCUGCCGCAGAGGCUGUGGGCGUGGGCGUGGGCGACGGUGGCGGCCGUGGUGCCGCGGCGGACCCUGGGCUCGACGGCAGCGGCAACGGCAACGGCAGCGGCCGCGGUCGCGGCGCCCGCCCGUGGCAGCAGAAGGUCCACGGCCGCGUGGUGUCCGCGGCUGCAGAGGCGGACGCGGUGGUGGUCCGGUCGCUGGUGCAGGCGGUCUUCGCCGCGGUGAUCGCGAACGCGGCCGUGGUGCCGGCGGUGGUGGUUGACCCCAACCCCUUCCGCAUGCUGGUAGACCAAGACGCGAUGGAGGACAAGCCUGACGACGACGAGGUGAUGCCGGACCUGACGCCGACGGCGCUGGACGCUGCGGCCGCUGCGGCCCGGCGUGCGGCCCCCAAGCGGAGCCGGGAGCAGGCGCAGGCGGCGGCCGCGGCGGGCGAGGCGGCGCUGGCGCUGGCCAUCCGGGAGAGCAAGGCGGCCAAACAGGCCCUGGCGGCGGCGGCGGCGGUGCAAGCCGCCGCAACAGCCGCGGCGGCGGCGGCGGCAGCAGCGGCCGGGGCAACGGGCACCCCGGCGGCGGCCGAGGCCGGGGCGGCCGCGGCGGCGGCCGCGGCAGCGGGCGUGAGUGGCACGAUGACCGCCGUAGAGGCCACCGCUGCGGCGGGCGUGGAGCCGGCCUCGCCGCCGGCCGCGCCGGUGUCAACGGCGGGCUUGGGUGGCAUCGUGGGCCCGGCGGUCCUGCCCGCGGGGUGGAGCAGCGACGGUGGUGUGGGUGAUGAGGGCCUGGCGGGCGGCGUCGGGCAGGGGCUGCUGGGGGAUGCGGAGGCAGCGCCGAAUGUCAACGCGAAGCUGCUGUGUCAGGGCCGGCGGGGCGGUCCUGGCGACUUCAUGGACCACCUGGAUGUGGUGUGUCUCCAAGAGACGCACGUUCUUGACUCGGACAUUGACCUUGUCACGGCGGACCUGGCGGCAGCCGCUCAGCGGCUGCAUGCACGCGAGUGGACGGCGUGGUGGGCGCCGGCCCAGAAGCCGGAGGGCCGUCGUGUUACUGGCGGCACGGCAAUCCUCAUUCGGUCGAGCCUUCUGCAGCAAGGCGCCAUGGUGCUCACUGGCGGCGCAGCUGCCGUGUCGGUGGCGGACGGCGCGUGGGCGGGCCGCGGUGUUAGUUUGCAGUUGCAGUGGGGUGGCCACACCUUCACGCUGACGUCAGCCUACUUUCCCCUGGCAUCCACAGCACAGCAGGCUUUCAUUCGUGAGUGGGUGGGCCUGCGGGCGUCGGGCUCGGGCGAGCACCUCCUAGCAGCUGACUUCAACUUUGUGGCAGAUGUGGCGCUAGACACAGUCACUGGCCGGGCGCGCAGCGACGGACCCGCAGCCGCCGCGCUGGCGGCGGCGUGCCCUGGCCUCAUUGACGUGUUACGGCGGCGCCACCCGGCUCGCCGCGUGUGUACCUUCUUCCACCCCCACGGGGCGAGUCGGCUGGACCGCAUCCUGUGCAGCGGCGGCCUCGAACCGCAGGUCCUGGAGUGCGGCGUCGCCGCCGGGGUGCCCUCCGAUCACAUGCUGGUGACGGUUGCCCUUGCGGCGUCGCCUGAAGCCGCGCCACCCGCUCGGAGCCUGCCCAGGGCCCACCUCGGUUUCCGGGACUUCAAAGACUUGGAUCGUGACUACCGUGCCUGGCUGGGUACGGCCCUGGCGGCACGCCCUACUGAUCCUGUUGAGCUGCUGGAAUGGUGGCCGGCCCUUAAACGGGCUGCCGCCACGUCCGCCAACCGCCUGAGCCGGGAAGCUGUUACGAGGCGUGUGGCCGCCAGCCAGCGGGAGGCGGCCGCGCUUGAGGCGGCGGCAGCAGCAGCCGCCGCGGUGGAGGCUGGCGGUGAUGUGCAGGUGGCGGCGCAGGCGGCCGUGCGUGCGCGAUGCACGGCGGCGGAGGCCGCCGUGGCCGCGGCCGCCGGCGCGGCGCGACGUACGCGCCACGCGUGGCUGCGUGGCGGCGAGAAGCCCUGCCCUCUCCUCACGCGCAUGCUGCGGCCGGCGGGUGGGCCGCGCGUGAUUGCCAAGUUGAAACAGCCCGAUGGCACCACUACAUCCGACCCCACGGUCAUGGGGCAGGUGAUGGCGCGGUACUGGAGGGACGUCAGUGCCGCGCCGCCGCCCGCUCCAGACGCCCGCACGCAAGUCCUGGAUGCGCUGCAACAGCACGGGCGCCGGUGUACAGCCGAAGAGGCGGAUCAGCUGGGGCGGGUUGCGGUCUCGGCGGCGGAGGUGCGCGCGGCGCUAGCCGCUGCGCCGGCUGGGCGCGCGGCGGGCCCUGACGGCCUACCGGUGGAGUUAUACCAACACUAUGACAGUGAAUUUGCGCCGGUCCUAGCGGAUGUGUUUACGGCGGUGGGGGAGGGGGCUGGGGUGCCUGACGGGCUCCUGGAUGGCGUGUGGUCUUUCUUCUUUAAGUCGGGCGACCCUACCGAGCCCUCUAAUUAUCGCCCCAUCACGCUGACGGAUACCGAUUACCGCACCCUUGCCCGGGUGUUGUGCUUGCGACUGCAACCGGUGUUUGGGCGUAUCAUUGACCCUGAGCAAACUGCGUUUCUGACGGACCGUCGCAUUGCCGAUAACGUCCUCUUGCUCCAACUUACUCCUGGCCUGUUGAAAGCCGCCAAAAAGGCACCGGCUGUGGCGGCCUUCCUAGACUUUUACAAGGCGUAUGAUACGGUGGACCGCUCUUUUCUGCUCGCGUGUCUGGAGCGCAUGGGCGUGGGGGCGGGCUUUCUUACCUGGCUCGGGGGCCUGCCGCCGCGCUGCCGCUCCCGGCGGCCGACAUCGUGAGUGCUACGGCGGAGUCGGUGCAACGGGUGGUGCGGGGACUUGGAUGGUUGCAGUGCGGGGGGCCGCCCAUCCUGCUCACUGCCUACACGGUGAAGGCGGGGACCGUGCUACAAAUGGCUCCACAGUUAGCCGCCCUGAAGGCUAAGCAUUUACAGUAUGUGUGCGAUGCGGGUGUGUCGGGGGUGGGGGCUGCCCUGGCGGCGGGGGCCUUCGUGUGCACCUUGGCCCGCUUGUGGUCGCUGAAAUGGGAGAAUCAUCAUAAGGAAGCACUGUGGCGUGUGGCCGCCAACGCUUGCUGGGCGUUUCCACGGCAUGCUAGCGAGCGGGCGCGAGGCGUUACUGUUGACCCGUGUUGGGCGUGUGGGGUUGACAUGCAGGAUGGGGACCGGCGUCACUGGUUUUGGGACUGCACUGUUGCGCUGUCACUUCGGGAAAGUAUGGGGAUGGCUAUGGGUUUCCUGCCGGAGGAGGCUCUAAGUGCCUUCUCUCGUGAGGAGUUGUGGUUAGUGCGCCCGCCUGCGGGGCUUGCGCCACCUGUGUGGGAUGUGGUGUGUCUCGCUGCUAUGUCUGCCCUGGACUUUGGUCGGCAGCGUGUGGUUAUGGCCGGGUUGGCGGCGCGAGCGAAGCUGCCGUCGGCCCGGGUGCUGAGCAUUGGACUUGCCGUCGUAGCUGACUUCUGGGGUCGUCUCCAGACGUUUGUGACUUUGGGUAUCAGGCCAAAGGGUUGGGACGCUGUGCCGUUUGCGCAUCCCUUCAUAUCUCGGGCUGUUGGUGACGGCAUGGUUUUGCGCUUGCCGUAUGACGCUGAUUCCCCGCCCCCCUCGCCGUGAGAGGUUGUGCGGUGGCUCUGUGUGUGGGAAGGAUGCACGUGUGGGCGACCGUGCUAGUACCUGGACGCUUGCGCCCUGGUUAGUGCGUGCGCUGUGCGUGUGUCCUGUGGCCUAGACGUUUCCCGGCACUCCUGUGCCUAGGCUUGUGGCGUUGAGGCACAGCGGUGGGGCUCUGGCGGGUUGAGGCUUGGCUAGGACUCACUGUGCGCGGAGUCACACGGACUUUGCCCGCGGGAGGGUUUGCAGCAAAGUCGGGGUUGGUGGAGUCAAGUUGGGCCCUGAUAGCAUGUGAUGGCUCGGCGUCUUCGGGUGCUGGGACUGUCCCCUCUGUAACAUCCGCAUCCA